AUGGGGAACUUUUGCCGGAAACAUUGCACUUGGAUGCAGCGGUGUGCCCCUUGGCUCUUCCAAGAGAGUGAUGGCGGACAGGGAGAGAGAUAUAAGACGGGGAUGGGCCAAGAUAACCUGGGCUGGUCGGGAGAUGACUGCCAGACAGAGAAUACUUCUCAGAUAACAACAAAGAAAGAUGUGACUAGAAUUCCUUUGCCCAAGCCCAAGAACCACCACAAGUUUGUAGCACUUUUUGAUUAUCAGGGCCGCACUAAGGAGGACCUGAGCUUCCGAGCUGGAGAUAAACUCGAAGUGCUGGAUACAUCUCCGGAGGGCUGGUGGUAUGCUAGCCUCCUCCUGGACAGUGGAUCAACACGGCCUGGACAGAAGCUCCGUGGCUACAUCCCUGCCAACUAUGUAGCUCCUGAUCAGAGCGUUGAGGCUGAACCAUGGUUUUUUGGACCAGUCACGCGAGCAGAUGCAGAGAAACAACUGUUGUGCCCUGAAAAUCAGGAAGGAGCUUUCCUAAUCCGAGAAAGCGAAAGUAAAAAAAGCGAAUUCUCCCUUUCAGUCUUUGAUGGAGCAGUUGUGAAACACUACAGGAUCCAACAGGAGGCUGGAGAAGGCUUUUUUCUUAGCAAAAAGAAUAUUUUUAAAACAUUGAAUGGUUUUGUUGACCACUACACCAAUAACAGCGAUGGCCUCUGUGUAAAGCUCAGGAAGCCCUGUAUAAAGAAAAAAGUUCCUGCUCCUUUCGAUUUGUCAUACAAAACCGCAGACCAGUGGGAGAUAGACCGAAAUUCUCUGAAACUGUUGAAAAAAUUAGGUUCUGGUCAAUUCGGUGAAGUGUGGGAAGGUCUCUGGACUAAUACCACGCCAGUGGCAAUCAAAACAUUAAAACCAGGUUCAAUGGAUCCAAAGGACUUCCUGAGGGAGGCACAAAUAAUGAAGAACCUUAGACAUCCAAAGCUUAUUCAGCUCUAUGCGGUUUGCACUUUAGAGGAUCCAAUUUAUAUUAUUACUGAGCUGAUGAGACAUGGAAGUCUGCUAGAAUACCUCCAAAAUGAUGCAGGUUCACAGGUCCAUCUGCCUGAACAAAUAGACAUGGCAGCUCAGGUUGCCUCAGGUAUGGCUUACCUGGAAUCCCAGAACUAUAUCCACCGGGAUUUGGCGGCCAGGAAUGUCCUUGUGGGCGAACACAAUGUUUACAAAGUGGCAGAUUUUGGACUUGCAAGAGUUUUUAAGUUAGAAAAUGAAAAUGUAUAUGAAGCUAAACAUGAAACGAAACUCCCUGUGAAAUGGACAGCCCCUGAAGCGAUCCGCUCCAAUAAAUUCAGCAUUAAGUCUGAUGUGUGGUCAUUUGGAAUACUUCUCUUUGAAAUAAUCACCUAUGGGAAGAUGCCUUAUUCUGGUAUGAUGGGCUACCAAGUAAUCCAGAAGCUGGAUAAAGGAUACAGAAUCCCUCAACCAGCUAACUGCCCAGAUAAGCUCUAUAACAUUAUGCUGGAGUGCUGGAAUGCAGAGCCCAAAGGACGGCCCACUUUUGAAACAUUGCACUGGAAACUGGAAGAUUAUGAUAUGGACUCUACAUCCUAUAUUGAUGCAAAUGCUUUUGUAAAAUGA